CCGAGAUCAAAUGAAUACAAAACAUUCAUGUUAAGAAGAAAGUGGAAUUUUCAAGGUUUGGAGUCUUUCGGUGACAAGCCGAAAAUUUGUUGGUUCAGCAGCACGAGACGUCUGUAUUAAGCACGAUCGCUAGGAAGAAGGUUCAAAAAGGGUGUAGGAAGAACUCGGCUAUGGGGGGAUCCGAUCCCGAGAAGUUGAUGAUCAAAGCUGAUAAGCUAACAAAACUUACUCUUACACGGUGGAGUGCUGAUUGGAGGAAUGCCACUCUCCUAUAUGAGCAGGCUGCUAUUGGCUUUAAGAUUGCUAAAAAUUAUGAGAGAGCAAAAACAGCAUUUGAGAAGGCUUCGAAGGGACAGGAGAUGCUUUCAUCACCUUGGGAUGCUGCUAAGCAUAUGGAGUCUGCUGGUGCUGCAGCAAAAGAACUAGGCAGCUGGAAUGAAGUUGCUGACUUUUACAGAAGGGCAUCUGAAUUAUACAUUGAGUGUGGGAGAUCACAGCCUGCAGCAGAUGCUCUUGCAAAGGGCGCUCGUGAGCUGGAAAAUGCUGUUCCUGAGGAAGCUAUUCGGAUGUUUACUGAUGCUUGUGUCAUUCUUGAAGAGGAUGGUAAAGAACAAAUGGCAUUUGAUUUAUAUCGUGCUUCAACAAGCAUCUAUAUUAAGCUUGAGAGGUAUACAGAUGCUGCAACUUUUCUACUGAGAUGGGGCUUAGCGGCAGAUAAAUGUCAUGCUGUGAACAGUCAAUGUAAGGCAUAUCUCGGUGCAAUUCUUGUUUACCUUUAUUCACAUGACUUAAAGCAAGCAGAGAAGUGCUAUAACGACUGUUGCCAGAUUGAUGCUUUCCUUAAUAGUGACCAGAACCGUUGUGCCAGUAAGCUUCUUUCUGCUUAUGCAGAAGGGGACAUUGAAGAAAUCAAACGUGUUUCUCACUCAAGCACCAUUUCAAACCUUGAUCAUAUGAUUAUCAGGCUCGCAAGGAAGCUACCCACUGGUGAUGUAAGUGUUCUCAAAGCCGAAACAACCAAGGAAGAAGAAGAGCCUCUGGAUGAAAAUGACCUCACUUAAAUUUGUCGAACUAAAAAAGCUCUACGAAUAUACUUUCGUACAGGUCUUACCUUUUCAAUACGUUGUAAUACGGGGGGGUUUGUAUGUUGCAAGAUAUUGAAACGAGAAAGUGUGUUUUGUGUAAACUACUAUAUUGCCCAUUAAUAAUUACAGCUGUUGCGUCAUAUU